AAAGUUAUCUGUUUAUUAAGUGUUGAAACAUUUUACAUUUGGCAUACAAAUUAAAUUUUCAAGUGUACAAUACGUAAUAGACCGAUGACCAUAGCCUAAAAAAGAACUAUGCUGUGGUAGAGUGGUGGCCUAGGUUGGUUAGUCUAUAAGGUUUCAAUUGGGCUUAAAAUGGUGGCGUCUAAUUUCUUAGAGUCACUUAGUCCAAUGCAUUUAUCCAAUGCGCAUUUUGUAGACAAGCUAAUACGACUUUAUCGCGCCAACGAAUGUCUUUGGAACCCUAAAUCUCCGGGUUAUCGUAACUUGUCAUUAAAGGAAAAUGCCUGGCAGCGCAUAACGCAUUUUUUCAAUGAUGAGCUUACUGUUGAUCAGCUGAAAUUGACGAUAAUCUCGUUGCGUCAUUUCUUUUUAAGAGAACGAAUAAAUAAAGAGCGGAGGGACAUCGCGACACGGGAAACGUUCUAUCAGAAACUGCAGUUUCUGGAAGAUGCAGAGAUGGAGAAUGACAAUGUGGCUAUUGAAGCACAGACAAAACUUUGCAAUAGCCAAAUCAACUGCAUCGUUGAGGAUACUUUUCUGAUAGGCAACAGUCAGAACAGUAUCCACAGCGAGCACGUUGACUUUGGAUUGCCUUUCUCAUUAUCUCAAGAUUUCUUAAAAGGGGAAUUUUCAGAGAAGCAAUCUUCGCUGAAAUUGCCACUGCCCCCAAUGGAGUUUCAAGCAAAGGGACUUCAAGUUCGUGCUCUUUCCGGAAAUGAUCGUUCUUAUUCCAAAUCCAAUUAUAAUAGCAAUGAUGAAUAUGAUGAUUUUCGCCAAAGACAGAGCAGAUCGCAUUCACAUCCACCCAAAAUCCAAAGGCACAAUUACAAUGGUAGUAGCGUCAUUACCCAAAGGGACGAUUAUAAUCAAAGCAUAAGCAGACGGGCGUCAUAUGUUAGUAAUGAAAAUAUACCCAUAAAUCAGUAUGAUGACUGGACUGGGCCACAAACCUCCAAUCAGACAAAGAGAAAAAUUCUCACUGGAAAAUAUAGUAAGCGUAGUUCACGACAAAAGCUUACGGAUUAUAUGUACGAGGCUAAAUUGAAUGAAAUUCAGAACAGUCAAUAUAAAUGUACUCUAAAUCCGACAGUGUUUCGAGAUAGUGUGUGCCGUAAGAAAUCCGGUAAUGAUGAAGCAUACGAAAAUAGUCUUGAAGAUAACAAUUCUAGACAAAAGAACUAUCCUAACUCUAGAUCGGGUGGUCUAGGUCAGAGCAAUUGUAUCUGUUGUCCGCGAAAUUGUCAAAAUAAAAAAAUUCAUCAAGAUGAAUAUUAUGAGGACGACCAAGAAAACUAUCAGAAUCGAAAUGGCACUCGUAGUAAUAGAAACCGAAUGUCUCCUGAGUCGGAAUACAUGAAUACAGUUCCAGAUGGAUCGCAGGAACAAAAUGACGAUGAAUUUCAAACACCUGAACCCACAUCGGAAGACUAUGCUCCACAGGAAGUGCCUAGAAAGAAACCUAGGACACUUCCGUAUGAAAGGCAUCAGCGGACGGAGAAGCCAUAUGAGGCUUAUGAUGAUAGUACAUAUUCAGAUAGAAGUGGGAAAUCGGCAGAGUCCAGACAGAUGGACAAAAGACCGCCCAACAGUAAGUUAAAAACCAUUUGCAAUCAAGAUGAACAGAUUCGAUGUCGGGGAAGUUGCGCAAAUAGUUCAAAUAAUCAAGUAUACAGAAAUAAUUCAAGAAGGCAUUCUUCAGAAUCGACAUCAGAAGAUAGUAUAGAAAGGGAUCGGGAGCCUGUAUCGACCAAACAAUCGGGUAGAUGUGGAAGACAUCCAACAUCCAAGGUCGCAUCCCAGCUAGCGUCUAGGAAUAUAUCAAAGCAAGUGUCUAGGUCAGCAUCAACUGAACAUUAUGCGACGAGGCCUGUAUUGAUGUCACCUGACCAGGGAGCAGUGUCUCCUCGGAUAUAUUGCUCAAGAAACUUAAGCCAGGUCGAUGAAGCCUAUAGAAAAAAAUGUAUAGAGUGCCCGAGUUUAAAGCGUAAACAAAGACGGAGAAAUGAGGAAGAGCCUAUGGAGGAUCUGGGAAGAAAUAGUCAUCGGAAAGAAAAUAGUAUUGCCAGAACUUAUCAAGACGAGUACGAAGAGAGCCCAAGUCAACGAUUCUCGAACAGAUCUUCGAGACACCGUGAAGACACAAAUUCGAGGCGACGACAAAACGAUCUGAGUGAGGAAUACUCGGCCAGAAAUAACGAAGGAUAUACGUCGAAUCGUUACGACAAUGAUCACUAUAAAAAGCAUUCAGAAAUUAGAUCAAGGCAGCCUGAAAAAAACACUGCGAGAAAUACCACGAAAUUGGAGUAUAUACGUGACAAGUUUAUGAAAUCGGUGAGUGAACAUUCCCAUAACGAUCAGAACAAAAUCAGACAGAGCAACAAGAAGUCGAGAAGCUAUGAGAAGAGCCAGAAUAAAUAUGAUGAAGAUGAAGAAGAUGGUUGUUCCUGCGUAUCGGAAGAAAUCGAAUCAAUAAUUCAUCCAGAUUACGCUGAUCAAACUGUUGAAGAAUAUCCACAUGUAUAUGCUGAUGAGAAUCAGGAAGAGUAUGCCCAAGCCUAUGAUGUUGAGCCUACGAAGGGAUAUGCCACUGAAUGUACCAAAGAUACUUGCAAUGAUUGUCCUCAUGGCUCUGGAGAAGAAGCACCAGAGGACUACGCUCCAAGCACCUCCAGAGAUAGUCGUAAAGGUCAUAAGAUAGAGGAGUAUCUCGAUGAAUGUACCAAGGAGUCUUGCAAAGUAUUUCAACAGGAAUAUUCCAAAGGAAGCGACAGAAAUAUGGAGAAAUGCAAAAAGUGUUGCGAACGCUACGAUGAAUAUUCCGGGGACGAUGAAGACUCCCAGGAGCAGGUGAUGGCCAAGAAAACCGACGGAGAUGAUCCAGCUGAAAAGAAAAAACCUUGUUAUUGUGAAGUGGCUGUUGAAACAGAAAUUGACAUGACACUUAAUGACAGAAAUGGAGCAAGUAAAUCAGCCAAUAAAAUGAAAGUCGCCAGAAAGCCAAAACAGCCCUGCAAAUGUGCGUUACAAGUUUUAAGUAAAGUCAAAGCUGGAAGGUCACCAAAUCCUGGGCUGAGAGCCGAUAUUAUUAGACAGCGAUCCCCAGCACCAAUAGGAGCAGGCAAAUCCCGAAUGGCGUCCAUGAAGCGUCUUCAAAAACUGGAGGACAAUAUGGAAAACAAAUUCCAGGCCUACGACGGCCAACAGAACACAAGACUCUACCGUGCCGAAGACCCAAGACCCUGUAACAGGGACCUAUAUCGGCAGCCUUCAGGUCUCGAAAGGAGUCCACCAUCAAAUCCACUUGGCGGUAUGUCCGUAUUGGGCACCUUUCAGGUACCACCUAAUCUGGCCGAGAAGACUAUAAACAUUGUGAAAAAUCACAUUUCCAAUAUGAAGCCGUUGGCAACCAGCGCUUUAUCCAAAGUGAUGAACAUGUCUCUUCAAGAAGGAUCGCCCAAAGAAGUAGCUACAAGGCCCAGAUCUAUCAGUUGUACUGUACCGAUUCAGAAAUCAAGUAAUCCAUUUCGUAAUAUUAAUUUUGAUGUGUCCAAGGGACAAAUAAUCAUUUUACAUCCACCGGUUCAGGACUUUCGCCCGUCCAAGUAUUCCUUCAACUUAAACGAUGUCGAAGUGCAGCAAAGUCCAAAUGUUGAUGGAUCUAAAAAAUGCUAAGCUAACUUCCUAAGCUCACCUUAAUCUCUUACCAUAGCUGUAGUUUCCUUUCACACCAUAUUCAUAGCUCCAUAAAAUGACACCAACUAACUGAGAA